CAUAUACGCUUCUUGCAAAUCAAUAAUAUUAGGCUCAUCAGUGUAGAAAUUUGGCGAAUGUUAAUUUAAAUAGAAGAAUCAAAUGUGCACAUAGUAAACUAGACAAUUAAUAAAUUAAAACUUUUAAAUUUAGUUAUUUAAAUCUAUCUACGUUGUAAAACAUGGAUUCACUGAUUCCGAUUGUUAACAAGCUGCAGGAUGCAUUCACCCAAAUGGGUGUACAUAUGCAAUUGGAUUUGCCACAAAUCGCAGUUGUAGGUGGCCAAUCUGCUGGUAAAUCAUCGGUUUUGGAAAAUUUUGUUGGAAGGGAUUUUCUUCCUCGAGGAUCUGGCAUUGUUACGCGACGUCCGUUAAUCUUGCAGCUUAUUAAUGGAACUAUCGAAUAUGGCGAGUUUCUUCACCAGAAAGGGAAGAAAUUUUCGAAUUUUGAUGAAAUCAGGCAAGAAAUUGAAGCUGAAACUGAUCGUGUGACUGGAAGUAACAAGGGCAUUUCUACCAUUCCUAUCAAUUUGCGCGUUUAUUCUCCACACGUAUUGAACUUGACUUUGAUUGAUUUGCCUGGAUUGACAAAGGUACCCAUUGGAGAUCAACCAGCUGAUAUUGAAAAUCAAAUCAAAGGAAUGAUUUUUCAAUUUAUUCGCAAAGAAACGUGCUUAAUCCUUGCGGUAACACCCGCCAAUACGGACUUGGCAAAUUCAGAUGCUCUGAAAUUAGCUAAGGAAGUUGAUCCACAAGGUGUUAGAACAAUUGGUGUUAUUACCAAACUGGACUUGAUGGAUGAAGGAACUGAUGCACGCGAUAUUCUUGAGAAUAAGCUGUUGCCAUUGCGUCGGGGAUAUAUUGGAGUCGUAAAUCGAUCUCAGAAGGAUAUUGAGGGCAGGAAAGACAUCCAUGCCGCACUGGCUGCCGAAAGAAAGUUUUUCCUGAGUCAUCCCAGUUACAGGCACAUUGCUGAUCGAUUAGGAACUCCCUAUCUACAGAAAGUUUUGAAUCAGCAGCUUACGAAUCAUAUUCGUGACACACUUCCUGGCUUACGAGACCGGUUACAGAAACAAUGUUUAACGUUGGAAAAGGAUGUUGAACAAUAUAAACAUUUUCGACCAGAUGAUCCUAGUAUAAAAACUAAAGCAAUGUUACAAAUGAUACAGCAACUACAAUCUGAUUUUGAACGAACAAUAGAAGGUUCAGGUUCAGCACUGGUCAAUACAAACGAAUUGUCUGGUGGAGCUAAAAUCAAUCGAAUAUUUCAUGAAAGAUUGCGUUUCGAAAUUGUAAAAAUGUCUUGUGAUGAAAAAGAACUACGCCGAGAAAUUUCCUUUGCAAUUCGCAACAUUCACGGUAUUCGUGUAGGACUCUUCACUCCUGAUAUGGCGUUUGAAGCAAUCGUAAAAAGGCAGAUUGCUCAGCUUAAAGAACCUAUUCUUAAAUGUAUUGAUCUGACUGUUCAAGAGUUAUCGAAUGUCGUCCGGAUAUGCACUGAUAAGAUGGCUAGAUAUCCCCGCCUUAGAGACGAAACCGAACGUAUAAUUGCAACACACAUACGACAAUGCGAGCAGCGUGCAAAAGAGCAACUUUUGCUUAUGAUCGACUACGAACUUGCAUACAUGAACACUAAUCAUGAAGAUUUUAUUGGUUUUGCAAACGCUCAAAACAAAACGGAAAGUGCGACGAAAACUGGAACUCGUAGUCUUGGAAACCAAGUUAUUAGAAAAGGUCAUAUGUGCAUUCAAAACCUUGGCAUCAUGAAAGGUGGGUCCAGACCAUAUUGGUUCGUUUUAACAUCUGAAAGUAUUUCUUGGUUCAAAGACGAAGAUGAAAAGGAAAAAAAGUAUAUGCUUCCUGUUGACUGUCUUAAGCUUCGAGAUAUUGAACAAAGCUUUAUGUCCCGGAGGCACACAUUUGCUCUUUUUAACCCUGAUGGUCGUAAUAUAUACAAGGAUUACAAGCAAUUGGAACUUUCUUGUGAAAGCACGGAUGACGUUGAUUCGUGGAAAGCUUCGUUUUUACGUGCGGGUGUGUAUCCAGAGAAAGACACUCCAGCCAAUGGUGAAGAAACGGAUGGAGCAGAGGAGUCAAGUGAAAUUGGCCCAACAAGUUCCUUGGAUCCACAACUUGAAAGACAAGUCGAAACUAUUCGAAACUUGGUUGAUUCUUACAUGAGAAUUGUAACUAAAACUACACGAGACAUGGUACCAAAAGCAAUUAUGAUGCUAAUUAUUAACAACUCCAAGGACUUUAUCAACGGAGAGUUACUUGCCCAUCUUUAUGCUACUGGAGAUCAGGCUUCAAUGAUGGAAGAAAGUCCGGAAGAAGCUCAAAAACGGGAGGAAAUGCUUAGAAUGUAUCAUGCCUGCAAGGAAGCACUUAGAAUUAUAGGAGACGUGUCCAUGGCCACAUUUUCGACCCCAGUACCACCGCCAGUAAAAAAUGAUUGGCUGUCCAGUGGCUUAGACAACCCUAGACUUUCACCACCAAGCCCAGGAGGACCAAGGAAAAAUGCACCUCAACAACAGGCCUCAUUGGGAUCGAUGGGAGUUCCCGCUAUAAGUGGACGUGGUCCGCCUCCAGCACCGUCAAGUGCACGACCAGCGCCAGCGAUACCAAGUAGGCCUGGUGGAGGUAAUGUUCCUCCUUUACCACAAGGAAGACCGACGGGUCAAGCUCUUCCAGCUCCUCUCAUUCCAUCCUGGAACCGGCAGUAUGGAUUUUUUGACAGAUCAUCAGUUCGAGACCAACACAAAGCAAGAGAACGUCUCGUAUCGUGUUUGAUCCUGUUUACGCCGCUCAGUUCGCGGAGUUUUGUGACGAUUCUGCGUUUGAAAGUCGAAAGUGCAAGUGCAAAGGUGGAGAUAGUGCGUGAGUGAAUGGAUUGAAAGCCA